CGUCUCAGGGCCGCACUGUCUACUGGAUGUAACAUGCAGGAACGCGCUGUAGCAAUGUGGUGUUAUCGACGCGUCGGUCCAUAUCCGGUCAACUCUGGAAUGAAAUGAAUAGCCGGAAGCAACGCAUCAGGGAAAUUUGCCAGAGGUGCAUCAACACCCCGCGAUUCUGUUGGGAAAUAAAUGCUGUGACACACGGGCUUUGUCUUGCACACCUCGUGAACUUUCCCGUAUUAUAUCAGUGUGGCUGCCUGAUGUCUUGGACACGGUUUCUAUGCUUGUCUCUCCCAUUUCACUGUUAAAGCUGGUGCCUCCGCGAUGGGAACCCCCGACAACAACCGCAAAUCGGCCCAAAAGAAGUGGAAGAUGCCUUUCGCAGCUUUCACUGGCUCCAGCCAGUUGGAGGUCAUCACGGUGAUUGCGAAUUGUGGCUCCCAGACUGAACUUGCCACAGCAGCGAUCUUCAGGUGGAUCCAAUCAAAGCAAACAAAAGGACGCACCCAAUUCGAAAUCUUGGGGAAGCUCGAGCUCAUGGAAAACAAGUUCCGGCCAUUCAUCUCACUGCACGACUCCUUCCACACUGCGCGUCGGGCAAGUGGUCUUCCUCCUUCCCGAGUCCUAUCUGCAGGAGUCUGGGAAAUCAGUCAGACAUCGUUGAACACAUUACCUGAGAAAUUCACUUCUGCAACUCAAAUGACUCCAAUGCGGGCCGAGAGUUCAGCAGGAACGGCUAGUCCGAUGAACGAUCCCCAACCAUCUGCAAGUCUGGAGCCGGAGCCAGCAUAUGACAGUCGUGUACCAACCGGUGUGGAGUCGUUCAAUACAGAAGUGCUGGACUUCGAGACCAAGCGGCCUCCUCCACUUCGACUUCGGACUUUGCUGGAUGCGCGGCUAGCAAAGAUGGCUCGUCGGCACUCUAUCUCUGUUACUGGACCCCCCGUGUCCCCGGACGAGGACCAAGCC